CCAGCCCCUGUAAAUAUGCCUGGAUGGAAGGCUCAGUGGCGUCUCGUCCUGCUGAACUCCCUGACCUGUGGCCUGGAGAUCUGCGUGGCAGCUGGGAUCACAUACGUGCCCCCGCUGCUGCUGGAGGCCGGAGUGCAGGAGCGCUACAUGACCAUGGUUCUAGGUAUUGGUCCGGUCCUCGGCCUCCUGUUCAUCCCUCUGAUCGGCUCGGCCAGUGACCAGUGCAACAGCAGUUAUGGCCGCCGGCGCCCCUUCAUCUGGCUGCUGUCUCUGGGAGUCCUUGUGGCACUUUUGAUCAUUCCCCACGCUGACGUCCUGGCAGCCCGUCUCGCCUUGGGUGGACGCACGGUUCAGGUGGGCUUCCUCAUCUUUGGGGUGGGACUCCUUGACUUUUGUGGACAAGUGUGCUUCACGCCGCUGGAGGCUCUUCUGUCUGACCUGUACCGGGACGAGGAGGACUGCGGGCAGGCCUUCGCCAUGUUCUCUUUCAUGGUCAGCUUGGGAGGAUGUGUGGGAUAUUUGCUGCCUUCGCUGGACUGGAGUCGAGGCUUACUCUCUGUUUACCUGGGAGGCCAGGCCGAGUGCCUGUUUUUCAUCCUCAUCCUUAUCUUCGUCUCCAGCGUGCUCAUCACCAUGAAGGUGUCUGAGGAACCCUCAUUUACCAGCAGUUGCUUGGCAGGGUCUGGAUCUUUAUUGGAGACUGGGACCGGAGUGAUAGAUGCUGGCCGCUGCGGCGUGCCUCGCUCAUGCUGCUACCUGCUGAAGUGCAAACUGAGGCUGCUGAAGUCUGGUCCCCUGCUGUGUCUACUGAGAACAUGCUGGUCCAUGACUCCGGCCAUCUACAGGAGCUACUGCCACAUCCCGCGAGUGAUGAGGCAGCUGUGUGUGGCUCAGCUCUGCAGCUGGAUGGCCGUCAUGUCUUUCAUGCUCUUCUACACAGACUUUGUGGGGGAAGGCCUGUACGAGGGCGUGCCCAGUGCAUUACCAGGAACUAUGUCCAGGCAGCGAUACGACGAAGGUAUCCGUAUGGGCAGCCUGGGCCUGUUCCUGCAGUGUGCUACCUCAACCUUCUUCUCCCUGGCCAUGAGUCGCUUGGUUCGGCACUUCGGCUCCCGCUGGGUGUACGUGAGCAGCAUGGUGAGCUUCACGCUCUCUGCUCUGGUCAUCUGCCUGUCCAAGAGUGUGGUCCUGGUCACCGUCAUGGCCGCUCUCACUGGCUACGCGUAUGCCACGCUGCAGACUCUGCCGUACACGCUCACCUGCCAUUACCACAAGGAGAAAGCGGUCUUUAUGCCAAAGAAGAAACCCAAAAGCAUACACACAAAUGGGAUUUCAACCAAGCGGGACUCUGUGUAUUUGACUCCUGUGGAGGAGGAGGGUGGACUGAACCACAAAACGGGGGUUCCAUACGGAUUCAAGGAUAAUUACGAGUACUACCCCACCCCCCCGAGCCAGAACGGCUCCUCUCUCAGCUCUGGCAGCCCUGAACAGGACGAGGGGGAGCUAGAGUUCGAGAAACGAGGCGUGGGAUUGGACUUUGCCAUCUUGGACAGCACCUUUCUCCUCUCUCAGGUUUUCCCCACCCUCUUGUUGGGCAUGAUCGUUCAGUUCGCUCAGUCCGUCACUGCCUACAUCGCCUGCUCCGCCAUCUUUGGUGCCAUCGCCAUCUACCUGGCCCGUCAGAUCGUCUUCGACCAAAAGGACCUCAAGUGCUGAGAUUCAGGGGGGAAAGACGUGGGAACGAUUGAAUCAUAAAUAAUCCCAAACAAUCAUUCAGGUUUCAUGGGUUGAACUCAGCAGUGCACUACUGUUCCCAGAAUGCCUUGCUCCACGACUGUGUGCUUGCUUUAAUGAAAGCUAAAGGAAAUGGGUGUGAAAGUUGCUCAUAAUAGAAACUGUUCCUCGUUACAGCCGGGGUUCGUUACCUGCCAGCUGAACAGUCUCCGUUCUGAAAACUAGAAAUCUCCCUACUACCCUUUCUGUUGUGACAUCUCUCCUGUCCAUUUUCCUCAGGUACCAGAUUUACUGUAGAACUCAUCAACCUCAGAUACACAGCUACUAACCUGUUUAUGAGUUUUAUGGUUCUGUCCACAAGUUCUUAAAUUACAGUCUGUAUUUAACACUGAUUUGGUUCAGUCAGUGGAUUUGAGAAAAAUGACCCUGAUGUGUGUAAAAUUGGGAGAAAGUUUCUUUAAAUAUUCAGCUGUACUUUGAUGCCAGCCUCAUCUUCUCUAUUUCCCCUCCCAAAUGUAAUCUAUUACUGAAAGAUCAGUUUUUGCGGCAACUAUUUAAAAAAACUAAUUUACUGUGCGUCCCUAUGGGAAUUAAGUUAUGCAACCUGCUGAGGUGACAUGAUCGACGACGGUGGUUUGAGAAAGAAUCUGUUUACUGACUCAAACGUCCUCUGUCUGGAUAAUCAAGAGUCGUCUCCUCUAGCCGACCGCUCCUCCUGACACGUCUGAUCAGGACUCAGGGAUGUUCUGGUUUCCCAUUCGGUCAUCGUGCCACUUUCCCUGCUGCCUAAACCUUCACGUGUCGCUAUAUUCCCUCAAAUGACAAUCUACCAAGUCCACAUGGUCCCUGAACAGAGAUACACUUGCUUUGAACUACGCGUACGCAUCGUGGCUGAGUCUGUGAUGCAUCGAUUGUGCACGUCCCACCACAUUAACACCUCACGUCCGACAGGGCAGCGUAGGACCGGUACCUGACCUCCAGUGUCCACAUGCAAAUCCUGUAGUUCUAUAGAGUCUGAGUUCUGCUCUGUGCCCUUUAGUGGAAUACUCUGUGAACAAAUGUGUUUAUGACGCAUCUAGUUGUGUACACCUUCAUAAACAGGAAGUGUAUCUGCGGCCUUGUAGUGUAAUGUUGUGUGUAAACAGUGAAAGAAGAAGAGUGAUGUCUGAGAGGAGCCACUCUAUUCUGGAAAAGACCAAAAAACAUCAGGCAGCAAAUGGAAACAUUCGGUUACUGAAAAUACUGUGAGGGGGGGCAUUGGUGGGCUGAAGGCCAAGCUGGAGUAAGUGUGUGUGUGUGUGUGUGUGUGUGUGUGUAAAACAUGGAGGACAAACAGUGAGAAAGUAAAAUUACUCAUAUUUAAGUGCAAGGCUAAUUUAUUAGGACUGGAGCCUGUGCAGUUCUUUCCACGUUGGUUAUGAUCAUGUGAAGCUGUGUGUUCUAAUGUGUCGUGGCCUUAUUGAGCUUUUCAAACCGGCCGGUUGAUGCACACACUGCGCUUGUGUUACAACUGGUGCGUGAGGUCAGUCGAGCCUUUUGUAUCCGGGGCUGUGUGAUGAGGUCAGUUCAGCAGAUUCAAACAGUCCUGAAGGAUCUUAUUGCCCCGAGGUGCGCUCGGCAGGGGCGGAGUUAAAAACAGCAGAGGAUCUGUUUUAUCAUGUUGACGCCACCGCUGAGAAGAAACACUUAGAAUCACUAUAAUGAUAAUUCGCCUUUCCCCCUCUGAAACGCACAGGAGAACUUUGCCUCGCAGUAGAUGAAGUGUAAGAAAAAAAACGGUUGUUGUACAAGUGCCUGUACAUUUUCUCAAACAUUUUUUGUACAUAUAUUUUUUAUUUAUUAUGCUUUUUCUUACAAAAUAGCUCGGAAAUUAAACUAUUGGCCUCUGUGGCAUCUUUCUUAGGUGCGAGGGUGAAGGCUGUUUCUGUGAAAGAGAUAAGUUAUUUGUAUAGAUGUGGUAUAGAAGCAUCCUCGACUAUAAUUUAUUUUAACAUACCUACCCCCCCCCCCCCCUCCUCUUUAUCCUGUAGCUUUGGUUACAUCCCUGCUGGUGUCUGCUGUCACCUGUGGUCUUCAACCAGGUCUCAGAUGUUUGCUUCCUUUUCUCUUUUCUGCCGCAAACAAGAAACCUCGUCAUUGUGUCAAUCCUGCUUCACCUGGGAAUUAUUUAACCACUUGUUUCUUCUUAUCAGAGUUUUAUUGUUUAACAGAUAAACACCUCACACACGCUCACUGUAGGUGGAGGUGUUUUCAGUCCCUGCUCUUCUAAAACAAAUGUUCUAUUUGAUUCAAGAUAUUUUUUUUUAACUGUCUAAGGCCAGAAAUUGACAUAUUUUGAUGUGAUUAACCAGGUUCUUUUGUGUUAUUGUCAUAAAUGCAUUCAGCCAUAACAAAAAAGUUGUAUUUCAUUUUCAUUAUACGGUCAUAUUGUGUAUAAAUUUGCAGUUACCAAAUAGAUUUUUAUACAAAAUAAAAGAGCUGCAUUGUCAA